AUGAUCAAGACCAAGAGUGUCGUCGAAAAUCUCGUCUACGAAUGCACAGAAACAGCGGAGUACAUACCCAGAUUGAUCACUUCGAUUCGGGAAAGCCAAAAGGCAGAAACGGCCAGUGAAAAGUUCCGUGCGCAAAGUCGUCUCAUAAGGGAUUCACAUCAGAUCUUGGCCCCUGCAACUCGUCUUGUAGACAUGGCCCGUACCUCAGUGGCCCAUGUGAGCGAGAAUCACAUUGCUUCGAAUCUCCAGCAAGCCACCAACGGACUAUCGACGACCCUCGCAGAACUACGAACUGCCUUGAAUUCAGCUCAACAACUGAACUUCAGUCAGCAGCUCUAUCACAGUGAAGAACUCAUUCGGGAGCUUGACCAGGAAAUCCUCGAUGUUCAAAAGGCGGCAAUCAUGAAGCAGCUGACUCCGCCACGGGGAGUGACCUCCCAGUCUUCCACAUCGCAUCUGAUGUCGUCAGCAAGACAGGUUGGCAGCAGUGUCGCCCAGCUAGUGUCGGCUGCCACAACGAAGGACGAGCAACACAUC